AUGGGGAAGGAAUCAACAGCAGUUAUAGAUGUGGCAGAUGAGCUCAAGCAGCUCAACAGCUCUCAGAGCAGUGCCACUGCCAUCGACGCAGUCACCAAGAAGAAAGAUGAAAGGCAACCGUGGAGGUAUCGACUCUUCGGGCGCCCCUUGAAAAAGGAAAAUCUUCCUAAAGACAACAAGCAAAGCGUCACCACCUCAGAUGGCAAAAAAUCUAAGGAGGUGAAGAAGCCACGUUGGUGGAUGUUUUGGAAGAAGAGAUGUAAGGUUGGACCCAUCCCUGAAGAACAAAAGCCGAAGGAGGAGUGCCACUCCAAACCUAAAACACCUAAACACCACACCAAGAAGGAGGAACAGCCAAAACAGAACAAUGUUCCUAAAGACCAACUUAAGAGAAAGAAGGAAGUUACAGUGGCCCCCAUUAAGACCCCCAGAUAUAAGCAGAUGAGCUGUCUUGGGUUUCCCAACCCAGUGCAGAUCUGCUAUAUGAACUCCUGCCUGCAGAGCCUCCUGACACUGGUAUGCUUUAUCAGAGACAUUAGUCAACAGCAGCAGGUUUGGAGUCUGAGCCCAAACGCAUCAAUCAUAAGAUCAUUAAUAGAUAUCAAAGAGUCCCAUUUCUCCAGUAAUGCUCGUCAAAAACUCUGCGUUCUUGCUGCAUUCAAGAAGGUGGUGUCGCUUAGGGACAGUGAAUUUGAAGAUCUUACUCAGAAAGAUGCUCAUGAGUUCCUCACGUCCGUGCUGCACCAGAUCAGGUCCUUGGGCCAAGAGCUGCAGGUGCUGGCUGCCAGCAAUGGCACGACCUACAGCUGUCCGGUGGAGAAUAACAUGGUGUUUAAAAUGCUAAACACCAGGAAGUGCAAGAGUUGCGGAACAGGAUCUGCUAGAGAGGAGGAUUUCACAAACUUAUCCUUGGACAUGAUACCCGGAGGAGGAACAGUACAUGAAAUGAUCGAAGAUUACCAGAAGGAAACGGAGUUGGAGUAUUUAUGCAAGUGCGGUGGUACCGUGUCAGGCCAGCAAUCAUCAUUCAUCAAUCUGCCAAGAGUGCUCGUCUUACACGUGAAGCGCUUCAAGUAUUCUCCAACAUACCAGCUUAUAAAAGACCAUGACCCCAUCGUCCUUUCCAGAGAAGUUGUGGUGUCAUCCAAGAAGGGUGGUGGCUGCUACAGUUUGGUUAGCACCGUCAACCAUAUCGGCCCCACAGCAACAACAGGACACUACAUCUGUGACGGGGUGGAUCCAGAUGUCGGCCAGAGAGACCCGACUGAUCGGUGGUUCACCUACAAUGAUGCAGUGGUCACUGAGACAAGUGGUGCCUCUGUCUGUGACCACCGGCAAAGAACUUCCUAUAUCCUGUUUUACCAAAGACAGGAAUAGACGGCGGGACGCUCCUCCAGAAGACUGGACACCAUCAUCAGUCAUCUUGAUCCCUGAAACAACAAGUCCACAGAACAACAUCCACGGAAUGAGCCGUGGAAAGGUAGGUGGCUAAUUUCUCUGCCUCUCAUUUCAGAGUUUGGGUGAAGAUGGAUGACUGAGAUGGAGAGAUCAGACCAGUACACCCAGAGAGAAAGAUGGAUGAAGACCACAUCCUUGGGCAGAUGGAUGAUGAGCAUGUCCUGUUGCCAGGAGGAGCGGAAAGAUCGCCAGCCCUCAGGAGGACGGGCCCCCCCCAGAGAGCCAGGAUCCUCCCAAGGUUUCUUCCUUUUACAGGAAGUUUUUCCUUGCCACAGUCGCCACAAAUCACAGCUCUUGUGAGCAGUGAUCCAAAUUCUAAUUGGCUUUAAAUUGGAUUUCAAUUCCAUGGCUCGCUCUCUGGGGAAGAACAAAUUUGGUAGAUUACAUAGCUUCUAUUUCUAUAUUAUCUUCUAGGAGAUAGAAGUUAGCAUACUAACCAGCUUGCCCCGGUCUGGCUGGAUUGUUACGUCACUUUCCGGUACCAAGUCACUGUAAUGUCCAGUCUAACAUGAAGAAGUAGCGUCACUCAGACGGCGUAUUAUAACCUCUUUUCUUAAAUCCAAUCUUGGCUGAAGCUCUUGGCAAGACUGGUAAGUACAGCUGUUAAUGCUAACGUGGGCUAUUUAGUAAUUGCAAAACUUGCAAGGCAUAGAAUACAGUAGCUAGUAGGCAAGUUUGAAUAGUUGUGCUUUGAGGUGGGAUUUGAAACCAGGAAGACAAAUAAUAUUACAGAUUCCUUGUGGUUCCAGAGUUGAGGGGCAACACAGCUGAAGCCUUUAACCCCAUGGCAGUGAGACAGGCAGGAGGUUGCAAGACUUUUUUUUUAAAGUUAUUUAUUUGGGCAGUUUUUUGCCUUUAUUCGGAUAGGGACAGUGAGAGUGUGACAGGAAAGGUGGGGAGAGAGGGGGGAUAACAUGCAGCAAAGGGCCACAGGUCCUUUGCUGCAUGUCAGCAAAUGGUCCCUGCAGUAAGGACUGAGCCUAAGUGGUACAUGCUCUACCAGGUGAGCCCCCAGGAAGCCCCAGUAGGUUGCAAAACUUCAUAUGUUUUAA